AAAAAAAAAGUGAAUGAGGUUUUAGAGGGUAUUGAGGAUAAGAAAAACCCUCCCAAUUUCAUGUAAGAAGAUGUCGUGUUCAUCAACAACAAUUAGAGCUUUUGGUUCGUUACUCGUCAGAUUUUCAAAUGGGGUUUCUCUUAAACCCUCCAACUCUCUCUCUCUAAAUAGUUAUUUGAGCAGAAAGCUAUCAUCUUUAGGUGGGUACUCAUCUUCUGGCAAAUGGGUUUCAUUUGAAAAUGGAGUUCAUGAUAGAAAGAUCUCAACUUUCACACCUUUGUGUAUGGGUAGGCGAUCCUGUAAAAUUGCUGGCAGAAAGACUGCUCAGGAUGCUAAGAAAACAAAGCUGUACGCUAGAUUUGGGAAGGAAGUCGUAUCUGCUGUCAAGAAAGGUGGUCCGAGUCCUGUAUCUAAUACAGCUUUGGCCGCUCUAUUCGAGAAAGCAAAGGAGCUCGAUAUCCCAAGGGAUAUUAUUGACCGCAAUAUCAAACGAGCUUCAGAAAAGGAUCAAGAAGCCUACAUCGAGAAAUUCUACGAGGUGUAUGGCUACGGUGGAGCAGGAAUGGUGGUUCAAGUGCUAACGGAUAAAGUGAAUAGAUCUGUGGCUCGUGUUAGAGAAGUUGUGAGGGACUACGGUGGGAAAAUGGCGGAUUCUGGAUCGAUGAUGUUCAAAUUUAAACGUGCUCGUGUUUUAAAUAUAAAGUCCAAAGAUGCCGACAAAGAUCAGCUUCUUGCCAUUGCUUUAGAUUCUGGUGCUGAUGAUGUCAUCGAGCCCUCAUCCGAUGAAGAUGAUGCCGAAGAAGAUUCUGAGAGUUACUAUAAAAUAGUAAGUUCGAUGGAAAACUACACCGCCAUAUUGACAAGACUCAAAGAGGAAGGAAUCACAUUUGAAACCGACAACGGGUUCGAGCUUGUUCCCUUAACACCCGUUGAGGUUGAUGACGAGGCAAUGGAUUUGAACAAGGAGAUGAUGGCGAAACUACUCGAGCUAGACGAUGUGGAUGCAGUAUAUACAGAUCAGAAAUGAUUUCGCCACUUCAAUUUUGAAACGGAGGUUUUUUGGCCGUUGGAUUUCAUACGCUUACAAGGUAAUCUUGAAUUCACUCAUGGGAGAAUUAGUAUCUCGUCGCAGAGAAAAAAAAAAGAAAGAAAUAGAGCAAAAUUUUAGAUAGCACAGUCAAUAACUUUUCCGAUACGCAUUAUACCGUUUAUUGUCGAACAAGAGCACGAAAAAUAAAAUUGCCUAUUUGUAUCAAGUUACGGACAAAUCAUAGUUUCAUCAACUCUCAUUGAUUCAAACAUUGAUUUCGUGUCUGA